AAAACUUGGCGAAAGUCAAUAAUUUCUGCCUUCUUAAAUAUUUCUCGUAUGGAUCUAUCAUUUAAAAUAAUUAAUGAAUUGAAGAUGAUCAAGGACCAACGGCAUGGAUGUCAAAUUAUAAUUAUAUAUAUGGACUCCAAAUAUAAAAAGUUGUAAAAGUCAAUAAUUUCAGGCUUAUUAAUUACUUCUCGUAUCGCUCGCACUGACCAGUGACCGGCUAAUAUACAUCUCAAAAAUUUGCUAUCUGAUCUGCUGUCUUAUCUUUUAUGCCAGUGAGGAAAGCAAAGACAAAAAUUUAAGAACAAGCCAGAAGGUCGCAGCCAAAAUCAGUUUAUUGAUCGACCAUGGAAAUCACGGCGACCAAAAGUGAGCGCAACACCGCGAAGAAGGCACUCCUGCUGCUAAACUGCGCCAUGCUGGCGCUCGGCAACUGUGGUGGCCCCCUAAUGAUGCGCCUCUACUUUCUCCGUGGCGGCAAGCGCAUAUGGCUUUCCAGCUGGCUCCAAACCGCUGGCUGGCCCAUCAUUCUUCCACCCCUCGCUGUCGCUUACAUCCAGAGACGCCGCGCCGCCGACGGCUCCUCCGCCAGUCUCUUCCUCAUGAAGCCGCCCCUCUUCUUGGCUUCCGCCGUCAUCGGCAUCCUCACCGGCCUCGACGACUACUUCUACGCCUCCGGCAUGGCGCGCCUUCCGGUGUCCACGUCAUCGCUGAUCAUCGCCACCCAGCUGGCCUUCACGGCGGGGAUCGCCUUCCUUCUGGUCAGGCAGCGGUUCACCUCGUAUUCCGUAAACGCCGUCGUUUUGCUGUCGAUGGGAGCCGUGGUUUUGGGAAUCCAUGCGAGCAGCGACCGUCCUAACAACGAGACGGACAAGGAAUAUUAUUUGGGGUUCUUUAUGACGCUGGCGGCGGCGGCGCUCUAUGGGCUGGUGCUGCCCAUGGUGGAAUUAACGUACAAGAAGGCAAAGCAGGCCAUUACCUAUUCACUGGUUCUGGAGAUUCAGAUAGUCAUGGCUUUCUUUGCCACUGGUUUCUGCACCAUAGGCAUGCUGAUCAACAAAGACUUCCAGGAAAUUUCAAGAGAGGGAAAAGAAUUUGAACUUGGAGAAAAGACAUACUAUCUGGUGUUGGUGUGGAGCGCAAUCAUUUUGCAAUUUUUCUUUAUAGGAGCAAUCGGGGUCAUCUUCUGCUCCUCCUCCUUGUUUUCUGGUAUUGUAAUUGCAGUUCUGCUCCCAGUGACAGAGCUUUUAGCCGUCAUUUUUUACAAGGAGAAGUUUCAGGCUGAGAAAGGGGUUGCCCUUGCCCUCUCUCUAUGGGGCUUUGCUUCCUACUUCUAUGGCGAGACAAAGCAUUCCAAGAAAAAAGAUGAUCAAACCCCAGAAACAGAGAUGCCUCAGACUCUCACGGCAUAAUGCCAAGAAAAAUUAUCCAACCCCAGAAACUAUGGCAUGAUGGCCGGCGCACACCAACUUUUACUAUGGCUUGUAUUUUUUUUUUUUUUUUUUUGGUGGUGUGCCACCAUCAUCAUGACAAUCUAAAGCUAAAGUUUGCAUUUCCAUGA